CCCAGUGUUUUUGUCGAGAUUUGGUGUUCCUUCCUCCUCCACGCGCUGUCUGUCGGGGGAAAGCUAGCUGUACUUGUGUAAUUAAGGCCGACCAGGCAUCCUGCUUUUUAUUUUUUAUAACUUUAAUGUCAUUAAUUUUUACGUGAAUGAAAGAUGUUUUCUUCUGCCUCGGAGUCCUACCCCGUCAUGAGCUCACCGGGCCGCCCCUCCAGUUGAAUGGGAUUCCUCAUCGCCUCCCUGCCGCUUGUUCGGGCACCGACUGUCUCCGCCGCCACAAGACAACAGCCCCCCCCCCCCCCCCCGUUUUUCUUUUUUCCGGUCUCUCUACUCCCUUCAUUAAUGGUUUAAUGCGACAGCAGCGUGUUUGAUCGGCAGAAGAGCGACGACGCCGAAUCUCCGGUAGCCUGCGCGUCUGGGGCCUUGGCCAUGGGGGGUUCCAAGAGUAAACCCAAGGAUGUUGGCCAACGAACCCGCAGCCUCGAAGGCAACCUCAGCUCUGGAGGAGGAGCUGGAGGCCAUUACCUCAGCUCCAAACAACAGUCCUUGACACCCAAUCGUAGUCCCACUAUAGAUGGAGGUCUGGGUGGAAAUCAGCCCGUGACCAAUACCCCAGAGCUGGCCCUGUUUGGAGGUGUGGACAGUAAUACUGUCACUUCUCCCAACAGAAUCACACUAGCAGGAGGUGUGACAACCUUCGUGGCAUUGUACGACUACGAGUCUAGAACGGCCUCAGACCUGUCAUUCAGGAAGGGUGAACGCCUCCAGAUAGUCAACAACACAGAAGGCGACUGGUGGCUGGCGCGCUCCCUCACCACCGGAGAGAGCGGUUACAUCCCCAGCAAUUAUGUGGCUCCAUCUGACUCCAUCCAGGCAGAAGAGUGGUACUUUGGCAAAAUCACUCGCCGCGACUCCGAGAGGCUGCUGCGUUUGGAGAACAGGAGAGGGACUCUGUGUUGAGAGAGUGAGACACCAAAGGUAGGUGCCUACUGUCUGUCUGUGUUGGACUAUGACAACACUAAAGGGCUGAAUGUGAAGCACUACAAUCGGAAGCUGGACAGCGGAGGCUUCUACAUCACAUCCCGCACGCAGUUCAGCAACCUGCAGCAGCUGGUCAACCACUACCGCAAGCACGCUGACGGGCUGUGUCACAGUCUGUCAGACGUCUGUCCGGUGCUGAAGCCUCAGACUCAGGGCCUGUCCAAGGACGCCUGGGAGAUCCCGAGGGAUUCCCUCCGCCUCGACCUCAAGCUCGGGCAGGGCUGCUUCGGAGAGGUCUGGAUGGGAACAUGGAACGGCACAACACGGGUGGCAAUAAAGACUCUGAAGACGGGCACGAUGUCCCCCGAGGCCUUCCUCCAGGAAGCUCAGGUCAUGAAGAAGCUGAGACAUGAAAAGCUGGUUCAGCUCUACGCUGUGGUGUCCGAGGAGCCCAUCUACAUCGUCACGGAGUACAUGGGACAAGGGAGCUUACUGGACUUCCUGAAAGGUGACAUGGGCAAGAUGCUCCGCCUCCCCCAGCUGGUGGACAUGGCCUCCCAGAUUGCUUCGGGGAUGGCUUACGUGGAGAGGAUGAACUACGUGCACAGAGACCUGCGAGCUGCUAACAUCCUGGUGGGAGAUAACCUGGUUUGCAAGGUGGCUGACUUUGGUCUGGCUCGCCUCAUUGAGGAUAAUGAAUAUACUGCCAGGCAGGGGGCCAAGUUUCCCAUCAAGUGGACGGCUCCUGAGGCUGCUCUGUACGGCCGCUUCACCAUUAAAUCUGACGUCUGGUCGUUCGGGGUCCUGCUGACUGAACUGGCCACCAAAGGCCGGGUGCCCUAUCCAGGUAUGGUGAACCGGGAGGUGUUGGACCAGGUGGAGCGCGGCUACAGGAUGCCGUGCCCGGCAGAGUGCCCCGAAUCCAUGCAUGAGCUGAUGCUGACCUGCUGGAGAAAAGAGCCAGAGGAGAGGCCCACCUUUGAGUACCUGCAGGGCUUCCUGGAGGAUUACUUCACCUCCACGGAGCCUCAGUACCAGCCGGGAGAGAACCUGUAACUGGGCUGAACGUGGAAAUGUGCAUGCGUCAUGCAUGUGCAAAACUGAGCAUGUCGAUCUAAUACAGGGUGCAUGGACAAGUAUGUGUGAGGGUAUGUGUGUACAGUAUAACGGGGCAGAAAGCCGACAGCAUUCUGGGUACAAUCUAAGGAGCAUCAGUGGGACAUCGACCAAUCUGCAACAUUCAGUUCCUGCCUCUUUCCAAAGUCAUUGUCAUGCUCUCCGACAUGUCAGCAGCUGUGAGGCGAUGUUUUUCAAAGUAAGACUAAACUGUGGUAUUAUUUUGAGUUUAUCAUACAGUACUUGUAUUUUGUAUUUCAGUCGAUUCAACACCUUACCCAUGCUGGUUUUUCUACCUUCCUAGUGUUUGUAAGGGGCCCUAAUAUAACACAUUUCCCAUGCACCUUUUCUUUUAACUCACCUAGUUUGAUCACCAAUUGACCCCGGACUAUGACUAUGUAAAAUAUUGCAUAUAGGUGGGAGUCCAGAGAAUAAAUGUGGGAUAUAAGUGUUGCCUUGCUGAAAGCACCACGCCAGGAUGUCUAUUUUUGCUACAUUUUCAUUGGGAAAUACACAUGCUCUUCCAUUUUGCCACUUGAUAAGAAACUAUUUGGGACGUACAAUAAUUUGCCAGGAUAUUUCGGGCUUUAUUUCAAUAUUAGACCUGGAUCAAAUGGAAUAUGUUCAGGUAAAAGAUUUUAUUUUACAAUCAUGCUUCCCCUGUACAACAUUUCAGCUCGUGCUGUGAGAUUUAGUAUGAUGAUUGUCAUCAGAGUGUGUAGUCUCACUCGCCAAUUUAGGACGAAUUGACCAAUGUACAGCUCAACUCAAAGAAGAGAAGACGCAGAGUCUCUCUAUUUUCUAAUUUUAACUUUUCUUACAAAAAAAACGGCUACUGAUCACAAACAGUCAUCUCAGGAUGGAGAUGGAGAGGACUAGAAAUCUGCUGCAAGGAUUUUUGUGCCAAUGAAAAUCUUUUGUACUCUCUUCUACUGUGUAAACGUGUAUUUUACUACUCUACUUUUCUUACAUUGAAGUUGUGUACGCAGUUCUUCUUCUUAAAGGAUAAUCCACUGUUUUUGGGAUCCCACACCUGUGUACUGUACCGACCGGCUUACCAGAAAGGUUUCAAGGUGCUGAUUUGUUUUCAAGCAUUCAAAUUAAAAUCAGGGGCAUCUUGUUGUCUCCUCUCAAGUUCUAACCUUCAUUAAUAUGCAGAUUUCUAUAUUUUAUAAUCCUCAGUAUGUCCUUAAUAAGUGCAUCUUUGUGCACGAUUGUACACUGGAGAUAUACUGGAGAUAGUCUGUCUGAUAUUCUUCGCUAUGCCUUCCUUCUGCCUGUAAGAGGCACACCAGAGCACAUUCCCGUAUGCAUACAUCAUGUGUAAAAAUCAAUUGGCAUCUUGAAACGCAAUUGUAAAUAUCCUUAUUGUAUAUAUCAUCUUUAUAAUUUAUGCCUUUUAAAAUAACCCAAUUGUUUAUCUUGCCCAUUGUUCAAACUUUAAUGUUCCUGGUACUUUAUGGUAUGGGUUGAAUAACAUCUGACAAUAACAUUAUAGUCUAUAUAUAUAUAUAUAUACAGCAAAACUCUGACUCACCGACCAAUCAGGACGAAGCAAAGUCAUCUUUCCAGUUACAGUUUCUGGCUCCAUUUCAGCACGUGUCUCUGGAUUACUAGUCUGGAUUAACGGAGGUACUUUUCCAGGAUAAAGCCCGACAUCCGGCAGUGUGAAAACCUUUUUAAGAUUUAAAGCCCACUCUCAGUCAGGUCUCAUUGUAAUGAAAGGGGAACCGAUUUUACAGCUCACUGGUCAUAGGGAGUACCACUUAGCUUGUGGUCCUCAUCAAUCCAUCAUUUAAAGAUACAUAGUGUGUGUUUGUUUUUCCACAGUCGCUCAAUGGUUUUUUGACGUCUCCAGCUUGUCCAUGAAGCACUACUCAUCAUGAUUACAUAACUCCAUACAGAUGAUGGUUUGAUCUCCGUGUACUGUGUCCUGUGGACAUGGGGCAUGCCACAAUUAAUGCAUUUAACCUGCAUGGGUGUAGUCAGGAUGUCUGGCAUUGUCCCCCUUCUUUUCCCCGACCUGUCUCAUUGAAUCCUCAUGAGCAAAAGUGCACGAAAAAGAUAUUGGAUGCAGCCUUGCUCACAAGCCAAGGGCAUUUCCUAUUGGGUCUUCUUUCUGGCUAUGCAGAUAUUUUUUUUAAUCUGUGAUAUUCCUAUAUAUAUAAUAUAUAUAAUAUACUCUUUUCUACUGUAUCCAAUGGGGAUUUUCAGAUACGUAGCUCUUUGUUAAAUCCUGCUGAAUAUUGUUCAAAUUUGAAAAUACGUUUGAAUAAAAUUUGUAUGUUUCAGACUGUA